AGGAAGAGCUCUGGGGAAGGGAAAACUCGGCCCCCGUGCUGUAAAGUUCAAGGUACAAGGUGGGGUAUGCCAGACAGGCCCUGUUACAGGUGGGGACUGAGGAGUGCUGGGAGAACCUGGAGGCCCAGACAGCUUUGGUGUGUUAAAUAUAUGAAGGUCAGCUGAUUGUCAGGUCUGAAUCCCAACAGCCACAAAGCAAAACUCUUGUUUUCUCAAAUCUCCCUUUAAUUGUUAAUAUCUUGGGCACCCUUCCACUUGUGGGACAGAUUAAUAACCCCACUGCAAGUUGAGUACCAGGGGUUAUGCAAGCUGUAUACUUUGAUUCCAGGAGGCGGAAGGGAAAGAGACUACUGAAUGUUGUGAGCUGAGUGCAGGUUGAAGUGAGGACCGGGUGAGCACAGGGUCACCGCCCACUAAAGGGAGGAGCAAGCAGCUGGGCAGUGGUAGUUGGCGAGGUGGGUCCUUCCUAGGGCUGGGCGGGGAGACAGAUGAGCACGCUAUUGGAGGACAGGCACAAGUGCUACUGAUAUGCAAAUCCCUUUAGAUCUGGAAAAGGUCUGGCCCUGGGCUUGAUGCUUGGGUCUGGAACUGUGAAUCCUCACUGUACCUUCAGCUCACUCUAACCCUUAGGGAGGUGCUCAAGUCACUCAAGACAACUGGCCAAUCAGAGUCUGCACUGGACCUGCCAGUCAGAAGAGAAGGCGGGCUUUUCCGGGUGCCUUGGUGUAGUAUUCGCGUAGUAGCUAAGCCUUCUUAAAUGGUCCUGGCUGCUGUGUUCUGUGUCCUGUGUUAGGAUUCUGUGAGGCAUGUUCAGGCAAGCUCCGAAGUUGCGACAUGGAUGCAUUGACCUAUGAUGAUGUACAUGUGAACUUCACUCGAGAAGAAUGGGCUUUGCUGGAUCCUUCACAGAAGAGUCUCUACAAAGAUGUGAUGCAGGAGACCUACAGGAACCUCACUGCUAUAGGUUACAAUUGGGAAGACCAAUGUAUUGAAGAACAUUGUCAAAGUUUCAGAAGACAUGGAAGGCAUGAAAGAUGUCAUCCUGGAGAGAAACCCUCUGAAAAUACUCAGUGUGGUAAAGCCUUUGCACAACAUAGUCAUCUCCAAAGACAUAAAAGCACACAUACUAGAGAGAAACUCUAUGAAUGUAAGCCACGUGAUAAAGCCUUUACAUACGAUUCUCAGCUUCAAACUCUUGAAAGAAUUCAUACUGGAGAAAAACCCUACAAAUGCAGUCAAUGUGGUAAAGCCUUUGAACGUCGUUGUAAUCUUGGAAGGCAUAAACUAAUACAUACUGGAAGAAAAUCCUACAAAUGCAAUCAAUGUGGUAAAGCCUUUGCACAACUCAGUCAUCUCAAAACACAUGGACUAACACAUACUGGAGAGAAACCUUACAAGUGUGAUCAAUGUGGUAAAGCCUUUGCAUAUCAUAGUUCUCUCCAAGUACAUAAAAGAAUACAUACUGGAGAGAAGCCCUAUGAAUGUGAUUGGUGUGGUAAAGCCUUUAUACAUUGUAGUCAUCUCCAAGUACAUAAAAGAAUACAUACUGGAGUGAAGCCCUAUGAAUGUAAUCAAUGUGGUAAAGCCUUUGUAUGUCACAAUGAUCUUAAAAGACAUGAAAGAAUUCAUACUGGAGAGAAACCCUACAAAUGUAAUGAAUGUGAUAAAGUCUUUGCACAUCACCGUAAUUUUCGAAUGCAUAAAAUGAUGCAUGCUUGAGAAAAACCCUACAAAUGCACUCAAUGUGGUAAAGCCUUUUCACAAAACAGUCAUCUCCAAACACAUAAAAGCACACAUACUAGAGAGCAACUCUAUAAAUGUAAGCAAUGUGGUAAAGCCUUUAUAUGCCAUAAUGAACUUCAAAGUCAUAAAAGGAUUCAUACUGGAAAGAAAUCCUACGAAUGCAAUCAGUGUGGUAAAGCCUUUAAAUCUCAUAGUUAUCUCCAAGUACAUAAAAGAAUACAUACUGGAGAGAAGCCCUAUGAAUGUAAUCAGUGUGGUAAAGCCUUUGCACGACACAGUCCUCUCCAAAUGCAUAUAAUAACACAUACUGGAGAGAAAACCUAUGAAUGUAAUCAAUGUGGUAAAGCCUUUGCACAUCGUCGUAAUCUUAGAAGGCAUAAAAUAAUACAUACUAGGAAAAAAACCUACAAAUGCAAACAGUGUGGUGAAGCCUUUGCACAACUCGGUCAUCUCCAAGUUCAUAAAAUAACACAUACUGGAGAGAAACCUUACAAAUGUGAUCAAUGUGGUAAAGCCUUUACAUCUCAUAGUUAUCUCCAAGUACAUAAAAGAAUACAUACUGGAGAGAAGCCCUAUGUAUGUGAUCAAUGUGGUAAAGCCUUUGCACAUCGUUGUCAUCUCCAAGUACAUAAAAGAAUACAUACUGGAGAGAAGCCCUAUGAAUGUGAUCAAUGUGGUAAAGCCUUUGUAGGUCAGAAUGAUCUAAAAAAACAUAAAAGAACACAUACUGGAGAGAAACCUUGCAAAUGUAAUGAAUGUGGUAAAGCCUUUGUAUGUAACGCUAGUCUCCGAACACAUAAAGUAAUACAUACUGGAGUGAAACCUUAUGAAUGUAAGCACUGUGGUAAAGCCUUUGUUGGUCAGAAUGACCUUAAAAGGCAUGAAAGAAUUCAUACUGGAGAGAAACCUUACGAAUGUAAUGAAUGUGGUAAAGCCUUUGUAUGUAAUGCUGGUCUCCGAAAACAUAAAGCAAUACAUACUGGAGUGAAAAC